AUGUUCCCUGAAGGAGGAGGCGGAGCCGAGGCCCAGGACUGGCAUUUGGACAUGCAGCUGACGGGCAAGGUGGUGCUGUCCGCGGCCGCCCUGCUCCUGCUGACCGCAGCCUACAGGCUGUACAAGUCGAGGCCUGCCCGAGCCCCACUGUGGGGCAGGAGCACCAAGGCCAAGGCCGAGGAGGAGGCAGAGGGCUCCGGGCCGUCCGAGGCCCGGGGGGCUGCUCCUGGGGCCCCCCAACGGGGCCUGCGAUGCCGGAGCGGAAGCAAGGGGCCAGGAGCACCGCUGGGCGGCGGCUGGGAGGAUCCGGGGGGCUCCCGGGUCCUGGGAACCCCUUCCAGCGACUCGGAAGCCGGAGAGACGUGGAAGCCCAAGAGGAGAGGAGCUGGUGAGGACGAGGGUGGGCGGUGCUUGGAGCCCGGCCUGGCACCUCCUCACGGCAGCGGCCGGGACACCGGAACAGCUGCUGGCCAGAAGCCCGAGCGGCCCCACAGCCCCCCUUUGGGCAGUGAACCCAAAAGUGCCCCUGCUGUCCUGGCUGCGGUGGACGGCAGCGGUGUGGGAGGUCGGCCCGCUCCGUGGCGGGACGGGGGGCUCCCCGAGCAGCCGGGGACUGGGGAGCAGGCGUCCCCACUCCAGCCCUGGAUGGCCGGCUCGGAAGGCAAGACCGACAUGAGCCAGAGCUGGGUCCUGGCCCGCGUGCUGGGGGCCUGCCGGGAAGAGGCAGCGGCCCUGCAGGCUGCCUCCGACAUGGGCCUGGCUCUGCACCAGCAGGAGGGCUCCUACACCUUCUCCUCGGUGGCCCGGGUUCGAGUCGAGGAGAGUUUCCUGCAGGAGAAGGUGGCGGGGAUGCGGCCCCGGCUGCAGGGCAAGGUGUACGAGUACUACGUGCAGUCUACCUCCCAGGCCACCUCCCGAGGCCGGCCGGCCCCCAGCACCGCGGCCCUGGCAGAGGCACCACCUCCCGUGCCAGGCCCCCUGGGAACAGGGACAGUCCCCAGAGGCCUUGACGACGACGACGACGACAGAGAAGGCGGAGCCGGUCCCGCUGCCUCCCCCCAGCCUGUGCUGCCCCCCGCGGGGGGCCUCAGCAGGAAGGAGAGCCUCCUCCAGAUCGUGGACAACCCCGAGCUUCAGCUGCAGCUCCACGGGUUCGGGACCCCCCCUCCAUCCUGCACGGACCAGACCCCUCCACCCAGCCCCCCCAUAUCCAGGGAGCCUCCGGAGUCCAGCGCAGCCGGAAGCAGCGGGGACCCCCACCUGCAGCUCGUGGCCGGGACCAAUUUCUUCCACGUCCCCCUCAGCCCCGGGUCAGCCCCCGACGUCCGCCUGGACCUGGGCAAUUGCUACGAGGUGCUGACCCUGGCCAAGAGGCAGAACCUGGAGGCCCUGAAGGAGGCGGCCUACAAGGUGAUGAGCGACAACUACCUCCAGGUGCUGCGCAGCCCGGACAUCUACGGGCGCCUGAGCGGGGCCGAGCGGGAGCUGGUCCUCCGGCGGCGGCUGCGGGGCCGCCAGCGCCUGGUGGUGGCCGACAUGUGCCCCCAGGAGGCCGCCGGCCGCCUCUGUUGCUAUGACGACGAGCAGGACGCCUGGCACCCGCUGGCCCCCCUGCCCCCGGAGGCUGUGUCCCGCGGCUGCGCCAUCUGCAGCCUCUUCAACUAUGUGUUCGUGGUGUCCGGGUGCCAGGGGGCCGGGGGCCGGCCCUCCAGCCGGGUCUUCUGCUACAACCCCCUGACAGGGAUCUGGAGCGAGGUGUGCCCCCUGAACCAAGCCCGGCCGCACUGCCGCCUGGUGGCCCUGGACGGCUGCCUGUACGCCAUCGGGGGCGAGUGCCUGAACACCGUGGAGCGCUACGACCCCCGCGUGGACCGCUGGGCCUUCGCCCCGCCGCUCCCCAACGACACCUUCGCCCUGGCGCACACGGCCACGGCCUGCGCGGGGGACAUCUUCGUCACCGGCGGCACCCUGCGCUACCUGCUGCUCCGCUUCUCGGCCCCCGAGCAGCGCUGGCAGGUGGGCCCCACGGGGGGCGGCAAGGACCGCACGGCCGAGAUGGUGGCCGUGGGCGGCUUCCUCUACCGCUUCGACCUCAACCGCAGCCUGGGCAUCAGCGUGCACCGCUGCAGCGCCAGCGCCCGCCUCUGGUACGAGUGCGCCACGUACCGGACCCCUUACCCGGACGCCUUCCAGUGCGCCGCCGUGGGCAGCCUGGUCUACUGCGUGGGCCGCCGGCGCACCCUCCUCUUCCUGGCCGACAGCGUCUCGCCCAGGUUCGUGCCCAAGGAGCUGCGCAGCUUCCCCUCCCCGCGGGGCACCCUGCUGCCCACCGUCCUCACCUUGCCCAGCCCCCAGGUGCCACAGACCAGGGUCUAG